AAAAAUCACAUGUGCAAGACACCACCCAAAACCCACUGCUCACCACGACCGCACACACAGCGUAGGAAGAUCAUAGAAGUGACAGAGAUGUUAAAUUUGGCUUUAGUGUUUGAUUUUUAGUCAGUUCAGGGCGUCAAGUUUUGGAUUAUUUUUCCUACAGACCAGAGAAAUUUACUGCAUUGACUCAGAAAGAAAAGGACUGUAUGAUUUAUAAGGCUUUAUAUGAUUUAUGCUCAGCUUCCACACAAGCACAAGGGUUCUAAUGGGCUUCAAUGACUUGUUUCAGUCGUUGAUCUUCCGAUAUGAAAAACCAGUAAGAAGGUACCUGCAGUGGCAUGCUUGACUACCAGUCCUUCGCAGACCAACGUUUUCCAAGAAGUUAAUCGGAAUACUUCUGACGUGUUUAUUUCUCUCCUGUUAUCAGGAUUUCUAAUAACACAAUCAACCACGACUGAUACCUUCACAUCUGCCACAACCACUUUCCAGAUGACAAAAAUGAACCUGACCAACAACUCCUCUGAGCAUUGUGUGGAUUUUUUAGCCCUGCAGACCCCGCUGGCAGUUUUCUACUCUAUAAUCUUCGUCCUGGGUCUCACUGGAAAUCUGGUGGCCCUGUGGGUUUUCUUUUGUGUUAACUCCAAGAAGAACUCUGUGAGGGUGUUUCUCAUUAAUGUAGCAUUUGCAGACCUGCUGCUGGUGGUCUGUCUGCCAUUCAGGAUAAUCUAUCACAGCCAAGGAAACACCUGGAAUCUGAAUCACAGAUUGUGCAUAGUGGUGGGCGGCAUCUUCUACAUGAACAUGUACAUUAGCAUCACUCUGCUGGGACUGAUCAGUGUGGACCGUUACUUGAAGAUCCAUUGCAAUGCAAGGGUGCGGCAUAGACUGUCCAGAAAGUGGAGCACUGUCCUCUGCACAGCCGUGUGGACUGGGGCCUUUGCUAUGAUUUUUAUGUUCCUCAUAUCAGGGGAUGAAGACAAUAAUGAAAGGUGUUUCCACUAUAAGACGCUCCAUCAUGCCAAGUGGAAAUCCUACAUCAACAUGACUUCAGUGGCCAUCUUCUGGCUGGUAUUCAUUUCUUUGGCCAUGUCUUAUGGGAAGAUCGCCCUCAAGCUCCUGAAGACGUCACAGGAGAGACCAGACCUGCCCAACGCACAGUGCUACACUCGGACUGCCAAGAAGUCCUUCUUUAUCCUCUUCGUUUUCAUCUUCUGCUUUGUCCCCUAUCACUCCACCAGGGUGUUCUACAUUAUAACCCAGAUCACAGAUAUCUCGUGCUUCUGGAGGGAUGUAGCUGACAAAGCCAAUGAGGUGACUUUGCUUCUUUCCGCCUUCAACAGCUGCCUGGAUCCUGUCAUGUUCUUUGUGUUAUCCUCCUCCGUGCGCAAGGAGGUGCAGCGUUUGGUGAGCAGCGUGUUUUGUGUGCGAGACGUCGCCAGAGUCAGUGGGAGCAGCUCCUCUGUGGAGGUGGACAGUAGGGGACGGACAGAGUUAAUCUCAAAUAUGAACGUUAGCAGCAAUCUGAGGGCCACACUGACUCCAGCUUAGUGGAGUGGCAAAGAACCUACAACUUUUUGUAAACAUGACAGCAGCCUGCAGAGAAAGGAAAUGAGCUUGAAAUGUUUUAUCUUGCAACCAAUGAUUUAAUGACACUUCAUACAUAACGUGUACUUGAUUUGUAUAUUAUUUAACUUGAGAUCAGUUUAAAUUGCCAAUAUAUAAAUGUUUAAAAUAACA